AUCAAGAGGGGAAGGAGAGAAACGAUCGAGCAAGAGUUAACAGGGCGGUUACAGGGGGAAAUAAGGUCGUCUCCAGUCAUUCUUGUUUCCUCUAAACUGAAAACCUCUCCUCUCUCUCUAACGAAGGGCCUGAGCUUCCUUUGCGAAGCCUGGAAGAGGGAGACCGUCUCUCCCUCUUCCUUCCAUCUCUUUUCGUCUGCUAACAAUCUGCAAUGCCAGUGGAAUUUAUUCCCUGGGUUUGGUUUCUCUGUUUUUGAUCCAUCGAAGUGAUCCACAUUUCUCGAUCUAAGUCGCUCCUCAGAAAUCGAAGAAAUAAAAAAAGAGAGGGGGGAACUUUCUCUCUCUCUCUCUCUCUCUCUGGUGACUGAUUUUUUGAUCUUGUCAAUGCUGGGAUCCUUCUUCCUUGUUAUGGUCGAUUCAUUCAGGCGCGCAGGACAGAAGAUUGGGAUGGGGAUGUAUGAGCUUAUAAAAGGAGAAGACAACGGCAUUGCGGAUGACAGUAAACACGUUGUCACCGUGGAGGAUGGCUACGCGGAUGAUAAAUUGGAAUCUAAUCAGUUGAUUUCCAUGUCGAAAUCCAAUGCCGGUGACAACCAGAGGCCCGUCAUCUUUUCUGGAAUAGGCGGAGACCAAGCUUCCAAGCGCCGCCUUGCUUCUCUGGACGUUUUCCGUGGAAUCACCGUCGCUCUUAUGAUACUAGUUGAUGAUGCUGGUGGAAUCCUUCCGGCAAUCAACCAUUCACCAUGGAACGGCGUAACACUUGCAGAUUUUGUCAUGCCAUUUUUCCUGUUUAUAGUUGGGGUUUCUCUUGGACUUACAUAUAAGAAAUUAUCAUGUAGAGUUGUUGCAACUAGGAAGGCUGUGCUGCGGGCACUGAAACUACUAGUGUUAGGUCUUGUGCUCCAAGGAGGCUACUUUCACGGUAUUAAUGAUUUGACUUAUGGAGUUGACCUGGAACAAAUUAGAUGGAUGGGUAUUUUGCAGAGAAUUGCAAUAGCAUAUCUGUUGGCUGCACUAUGCGAGAUUUGGCUAAAGGGUGAUGACGAUGUUAAUUCAGGAUUAUCCUUACUGACAAAAUAUCGAUUCCAGUGGUUGGUGGCAUUUGUGCUUACUAGUGCAUACCUGGCUCUAUUAUAUGGUUUAUAUGUUCCUGGCUGGGAAUAUCAAAUUCAGAGUGAGAACUCUUCUGCCGCUCUGAAGACCUUCUCAGUCAAAUGUGGAGUACGUGGGGACACUGGACCUGCUUGUAAUGCUGUUGGAAUGAUUGACCGUAAAGUGUUGGGUGUUCGGCAUUUAUAUAAACGACCAGUCUAUGCUCGGACAAAGCAAUGCAGCAUCAACUCUCCCGAUAAUGGUCCACUUCCUCCUGAUGCUCCUUCGUGGUGUCAAGCGCCAUUUGAUCCUGAAGGACUUCUAAGUUCAGUCAUGGCUGUUGUUACUUGCCUCGUUGGACUGCAUUAUGGGCAUGUUAUAGUACAUAUUAAAGAGCACAAGGAUAGGAUCCUGCAAUGGAUUAUUCCUGCCUCUGGUCUAGUCGUCAUGGGCUUUUCCCUGGAUUUGUUGGGAAUUCAUGUAAAUAAGGUCCUCUACACAUUUAGUUACAUGUGUGUCACAGCUGGAGCAGCAGGCAUCCUCUUUAGUGGAAUUUACAUUCUGGUUGACGUGUACGGUUACAGGCGCCCAACAAUUGUGAUGGAGUGGAUAGGGAUGCAUGCGUUGAUGAUCUAUAUUCUUGUAGCCUGCAACUUGCUACCGUUUGUCCUACAGGGAUUUUACUGGAGGGAUCCUCGUAACAAUAUUUUGAGGUUGAUUGGAAUUGGAUCAUGAUGGUGUGAAUAAACAGUUGAAGUUGGUUAAAAUUGGAUCAUGAUGACAUGACAGUAGGAAGGUGAAAGUGAGUGGUUGGCUCUUCUGUACAAGGGGUUCUGGUGGAUUCACAGCAUCCCUCGAUCAUUUGACUUGGUACCAUUCUUCCCAUUUUCAGAUGGGGAAGUUAAAAGAAACGUAGUUUCUAUGCUUUUGCAGUAGUAAGUGGAGGUCCUAGAGCAUAUUAUCUCCCUACAGAUCUUCUGGAGAUCUGGUUGUUUCGGUUCAUUUCAUUAUCUAUUUUCUUAUUUUUCCUGUGAAGCAGCGCCCUUAUCUCAUUGGAGAUUUUGUACAGUGCUGAUUCUAUAUGGAGUUCAGCUGAGCAUCAUUAUGAAGCGAUGAUAUCACACAAUGUAUUUUUAUAUAUAUAUUCACCGAGUAAUUUUAUGCGAGAAUAAAUAAACGGCAACGGUUUGGGGGACA